AUGGAAACUAAUGCUAAUUGUAAUGUUAUUAGUAAAGUAGCUAGAAUGCUUAAUUUCGGCAAAUAUGACUAUGUAGAAGCACCUAACUAUGUGGGUGGAUUAGCAAUUUUUUGGUGCCCUUUUGUGAAACUCUCAGUUGUGGAAAAGUCCACAAAUUUUAUAUUUUGUAAAGUGGCAGAUGUAAUUGGGCAAGUAUUAUAUGAAUGGGAUUUACUUUUGUUUUAUGGUUCGCCUUACAUUGAAAAUAGGGAGAGAGUAUGGAGUUCAGUAGAUGAAGUUUUAAAUGUCUCAUGUGGUAGAAUGCUUAUGUUGGGGGACUUUAACCAAGUUGAAUACCACAGUCAGAAAUUAGGUGGAUCUCAAAAUAUUAUGGGAAAGGAGAAAUUUAUGUUAUGGAGGCAAAAAUGGCAACUGGUUGAUAUCCCAUUCCAUGGAGUUAAUUUUACAUGGUGCAAUAAUAGAACUAAUAAAGAGUGUAUAUAUGAAAGACUAGAUAGAGGAUAUGCGACAGAUGAAUGGUAUCAAAUGUUUCCAGAGGCUAGCAUCCUAAACUUGCCAAUUCUUGUUUCUGAUCAUUCCCCCAUCAUUUUGGAGACAGUAAUUGAUAAAAAGAAAAAAGGCAGAGUAAGGAAAAUUGAAAGCUGGUGCCUAGACAUGGAUAAACCAAAGGAGACUGUGGCUAUUAAUUGGAAAGUAGAAUUAGAUGGAUCCCCUAUGUAUAAGUGUUCUAGGAAACUUCAAAAAAUUAAAUAUGACCUGUUUACACGGUGCAAAGAAUUUCAGAUGGCUAAUAAUAUUCUUUGGGAUGAUAUAAUGGAUAUUUGUGAUAACAAUCAGCAGCAAUUGCAAAAGUAUACUCAGCAGAACAUUUUGGAAAAUAUAAGGCAGGAAAGGAAAACAAGAGAAGAAUGUUUUGAUAAAGCACUCAUCAAGUUAGCCUAUUGGAAACAAAGAGCAAAGGGCAAAUGGAUUGCUUUGGGAGAUAGUAACACAUCCUUCUUUUUUAGAUGUGCUAAACACAGGAAGACCAGAAAUGCAAUCAAAAUGAUUCAAAGUGAUGAUGGUAAUUGGGUGUCGGAUUCAGAUGGGAUAAAGAAUGUUGUUUGUAAGUAUUUUAAAAAUUUGUUCAAAGCAGAUGAAUGUGUGGAGUCCAUGAGAAUUCCUGAUGAAGUAAGAAACUUAAUUCCAAAGUUAGAUAGCCAACAAAUUGCCAGACUGGAUGAAAAAUUCACUAAGCAAGAUGUUAAAACAACGGUGUUUCAAAUGAGUGGAUUGAAGGCUCCAGGUCCUGAUGGUAUUCCAGCCAUCUUCUAUCACAAAGCUUGGGGUAUCAUAGGAAAAGACAUAACAGAAGCUGUUUUGCAUUUCUUUAGGACAUGA